GCACCUAUAUCCUCUCCAUCGCGCCGUGCGCCUUCGAAUUAAAUGGUAUGCGACACUUUGGGCGACUCUUGCAGCAGAAGAUAGGUGUCACAAUGGCACCAGCUGGCCCGCCGUCAAAGCGGAAGGCCACGGACAGGCCCAUAUCCCCGCCUCCAGUCAAGCGUGCAUUACAGAGCAACACGACCAAAAGCGCCGUCGCCAACUUCUUCACCCCCACGUCACAGAAGCCCAAAGAUCGCACAGCCUGGUCACAACGAGGGCCGAACGAUGACGUGCCCGCAACCUUACUCGUCGGCAGCUUCGUGCCGGAGAACCACGAUGCGAGCGCACCUUCGCGGCGCAAGAUUGCAGCCUUCGACCUCGACUCGACCCUAAUUACCACAUCCUCCGGCAAAAAACAUGCCAGCGAAGCAACAGACUGGAAAUGGUGGGACAGCGCCGUGCCCGGACGACUGCGAGAGUUGUACAACGAUCACGGCUACCAAGUCGUGAUACUUUCCAACCAGGCCGGCCUGACGCUACAAUUCGAGCCCGGAUUCAAAGGACCCAAGGCAUCAGCGCAAAAGCGUGUGGGAGACUUCAAACAAAAAUGCAGCGCCAUCUUGAACAGCUUGAACCUCCCGACCAGUGUCUACGCGGCGACGGGACGAGACAUAUAUAGGAAGCCGAGGACAGGGAUGUGGAAGGAAGUCUGCGACGACUACGACAUCCCAGGGGGCGAGGUUGAUAUCAAAAACAGCUUCUUUGUUGGGGAUGCUGGUGGCCGCAUCGCUGGGCCUGCCGGCGACAGUGCCACUGUCGCCGCAGCAGCCAAGGACUUUAGCUGCUCGGACAGGAAUUUCGCCCACAAUGUCGGCAUCGACUACAAAACACCGGAAGAGUUCUUUCUAGGACAUGAGCCGAGGGAAUUCCAGCGCGACUUCGACCUGAUCAACUAUCCGUAUGAGCAAGAUUCAUCACCACAGGGGCCUGUUGUGUUUGAGAAGAAAAACGACCGGGAUGUGGUCCUGUUCUGUGGACCUCCCGGAGCUGGCAAGAGUACAUUCUACUGGAGCUACCUCAAGCCUCUCGGCUACGAAAGGAUAAACCAGGAUACGCUCAAAACCCGCGACAAAUGUCUUCAGGUUGCCAAGGAGUUGCUGGCUCAAGGCGAGUCCAUAGCAAUAGAUAACACGAACGCCGACCCGGACACGCGUGCAGUGUGGGUGGAGGUGGCAAACAGGGCAAAGGUGCCGAUACGAUGCGUGUGGUUUCGAACGCCGCUGUAUCUAUGCGAGCACAACGAUGCCGUUCGUGCGCAUAAUGCGGCCCUCAACCCAGAAUCAAGACAAGUUCUGCCAAAGUUGGCCUUCACCGGGUUCGCCUCUCGCUACCGGGAACCCAAGAUGAAGGAAGGCUUUCAGGACAUUAUCGAGGUCGACUUCACGUUUCGGGGGAGUUGCGAUGAUUACAAGAUAUGGAGCCGAUAUUGGGCCUAAAGCGGACGCAUUCUGGCCCUGCAGCCGUCUUACCGCCAAACGUCAUGUCGCAGAUACCUCUGAAAAGUGCUCGAGAUGUUAGUGGCCUCGAUGGCUCGCCUUUGAUCGGCAGCAACUAUCGUCAGAACAAUAGGGCGUCGAGAGCAACACCCGAAUUAUUGUGUUCAUGGCGAAUCGACUGCCAUCUUCUGUAUGAUAUACAGCAAUGAGCACUUGGUGAGCCAGGGGGGCAAACGCCAUCCAAGGGCUCACGCAGAGCAGUAGCCCCGGCCGAACCAAAGACACAACAGAAGUGGGUUGCAUCAGUCGCGCUCGCGUGCUCAGCGCUGGGGUCUUGGCGAACCUCCACGUCUGUUGGGUAGUAUUUGUACUCGUGGCUGCCCGUUGGUGGUUGCGACGCUCGGCGAGUAGUUUGCACUUGUUGGUCCUUUGACACAUGAGCUGGGUAGUAGGUCGAACGGACUGCUUAAAAAGCCAAAGACGACAACCGUUGGUCGGUGCCAACGUCACCUACCAACGUCCUCCCGCCCCUCUGUGGAAACUUGGGGAAUCGUCGGCGAUGGUUGCUGGGCCGCGCGGUGGCUGGCUGAACUCGCCGACGACGGACUCGGCACUUGCUCUGGUCUGCGCCAGGCCGCAAUAAUAAUAAUAAAAAGUUGUCAAGCC